AAUUAUGAGGCUGUGAGCUGGCUGGGUGAUGGGAUGCUGAAUGAGAACAGUGAAAGGAGUCUUCAGGAGGAAGGACCUGACCAAAUGUCUACAUGUGGGGUGUUAGUGGAAAGAUCUGAAGGGCAUGUUUCUCAAAGCUCUGAGCAAGGAGAGACCUGUAAGAGACAGUAUAGCCCAAAAAGACUGCAGGGAAACCAUCCAGGAGAGGGGCAGAGUAAAUCCAGUCACAGAAGCAGAGGGUUGAAAACAAACACAGCAACUGUUCAACAGCAAAUACACCAUCAACAGUCCCCCUAUGCUUGCAGUGACUGUGCAACUCUUACUAAACUUGAAAGAGCCCACACAGGAGAGAAAUCCUUCAGCUGCUCUGAUUGUGGGAAAAGCUUCAGUCGGAGCUCAAAUCUUCUUAUCCAUAUGAGAACGCACACUGGAGAGAAACCCUUCACCUGCUCUGACUGUGGAAAAUGCUUCAGUCACACAUCACAUCUUGUUACCCAUAGGAGAAUCCACACAGGAGAGAAACCCUUCAGCUGCUCUGACUGUGGGAAAAGCUUCAAUCAGAGGUCACACCUUGCUAUCCAUAGGAGAACCCACGCAGGAGCGAAACCCUUCACCUGCUCUGACUGUGAGAGAAGCUUCAGUGAGAGAUCAAUCUUCGUUAUCCAUAGGAGAACGCACACAGGAGAGAAACCCUUCUGCUGCUCUGACUGUGGGAAAAAGUUCAGUUGGAGCUCUAGCCUUGAUGCACAUAGGAGAACCCACACAAAAGAAAAACCCUUCAGCUGCUCUGACUGUGGAAAGAGCUUCACUCGGAGCUCAAAUCUUCGUUUGCACAGGGGAACCCACACAGGAGAGAAACCCUUCAGCUGCUCUGACUGUGGAAAGAGCUUCACUCGGAGCUCAAAUCUUCGUUUGCACAGGGGAACCCACACAGGAGAGAAACCCUUCAGCUGCUCUGACUGUGGGAAAAGUUUCAGUCAGAGCUCAAAUCUUCUUAUCCAUAGGCGAACCCACACAAGGGCUAAACCCUUUAGCUGCUCUGACUGUGGGAAAAGCUUCAGUCGGAGCUCAAAUCUUCUUACCCAUAGGAGAAUCCACACAGGAGAGAAACCCUUCUGCUGCUCUGACUGUGGGAAAAGCUUCAGUGACAGUUCAAGCCUUGUUGCACAUAGGAGAACCCACACAGGAGAGAAACCUUAUACUAGAGGUGGGAAAAAGCCUCUCAAUGGAUAGAAUGGGGCCUGCCUAGGGCUUUGAUCCUGCCCAGGAGGCAGGGCCAGGCCCUGCCCCCUAAUGGGCAUAUGCUGCCAGGGAAGGAGCUCAGCCCUGCCCCCUCUUUCUGCCAUGUAGCAACUGGAGAGGAGGCAGUGCUGGGGCUGAGGCUGCUCCUCUGGCCUCCAAAGCUGUCUUGUGCCCACAGCCAUAGAAUUUCAUGCCUCCUGUGCCAUGUGACCAUGGCAGGAUGCCUCUGGGGGCCAGCUCUGUGCUCCUUGGCUGUGAUAGUAGUGCCUCUGGCCACAGGCCAUGUGGCAGCAGCAGCAAUGCCUCUGGUCUCCAUGGUUGACUUGCUGCUACAUGGCAGGGCUGUGGUAGUAACAGAGCCUCCCUCUGGG